GGUGGAGGCGGCGGCAGUGGCGGCGGCGGCGGCGGCGGCAGAGGAGGAGGAGAAACAGCAGUGAGCCGAGGCGGCGGCAGCGGCCCGAGCAGGAGCCCGAGUGGCAGCCGGCGGCCGCACGAGCCACGGGCUGCGCGGGGGCGGCCCGGAGCGCCCCGGGUCCCCGAGCCCCGCUUGUCCGCCGCGCUCCGAAGAUGGUGGCGGCGCCGUGCGCCCGGAGGCUGGCCCGGCGCUCGCACUCGGCGCUGCUCGCGGCACUCACCGUGCUGCUGCUGCAGACGCUGGUCGUGUGGAAUUUCAGCAGCCUCGACUCUGGGGCCGGGGAGCGCCUCGGGGGCGCAGCGGUCGGCGGCGCCGAGCAGCCGCCUCCAGCCCCGGCCCCGCGCCGCGAGCGCCGGGACCUGCCCGCCGAGCCCGCUGCAGCCCGUGGAGGAGGCGGCGGCAGCCGCGGAGGACGGGGGCCCCCAGCGCGGGCACGGGGAGGCGGCGCCGGAGAACCCUGGGCACAGCAGCCGGCCAGCCGAGGGGCACUGCCCGCACACGCUCUGGACCCACACCCAAGUCCACUGAUCUCCCUGGAGACCCAGGAUGGCUACUUCUCUCACCGGCCAAAAGAGAAAAUGCGAACAGACAGCAACAAUGAGAACUCGGUCCCCAAAGAUUUUGAGAAUGUGGACAACAGCAACUUCGCACCAAGGACUCAAAAGCAGAAGCACCAGCCUGAGCUGGCAAAGAAGCCCCCAAGCAGACAGAAGGAGCUUUUGAAGAGAAAGCUACAGCAGGAGAAGGGGAGGGGACAUUCAUUCCCAGGCAAAGGCACCAACGAAGUGCUGCCUCCCGGUGAGGGAGCUCCAGUGAACAGCAGCCGUGGCAAAGAUGCCCCCGGCCAGCCCCACACCAGGAAAAGCGGUGGUAGCUCCCCUGAGCUCAAGUAUGACCAGCCCCCCAAGUGCGACAUCUCGGGCAAGGAGGCCAUCUCUGCCCUGUCUCGCGCUAAGUCCAAACACUGCCGCCAGGAGAUCGGGGAGACCUACUGCCGCCACAAGCUCGGGCUGUUGAUGCCAGAGAAGGUGACUCGGCUCUGCCCCCUGGAAGGCAAAGCCAACAAGAAUGUCCAAUGGGAUGAGGAUUCCGUGGAGUACAUGCUGGCCAACCCGGUCCGAAUUGCUUUUGUCCUGGUGGUCCACGGCCGUGCCUCUCGGCAGCUGCAGCGCAUGUUCAAGGCCAUUUACCACAAAGACCACUUCUACUAUAUCCAUGUGGACAAGCGCUCCAAUUACCUGCACCGCCAAGUGCUCCAGUUCGCCAGCCAGUACGACAAUAUCCGUGUCACCCCCUGGCGGAUGGCCACCAUCUGGGGAGGAGCCAGCCUCCUGUCCACAUACCUACAGAGCAUGCGGGACCUCCUGGAGAUGACCGACUGGCCCUGGGACUUCUUCAUCAACCUCAGCGCAGCCGACUACCCCAUCAGGACAAAUGACCAGCUGGUGGCAUUUCUCUCCCGAUACCGAGAUAUGAAUUUCUUGAAGUCACACGGCCGGGACAAUGCAAGGUUCAUCAGGAAACAGGGCCUGGACCGGCUUUUCCUGGAGUGUGACGCCCACAUGUGGCGCCUGGGGGACCGGCGGAUCCCAGAGGGCAUUGCUGUGGAUGGUGGUUCGGAUUGGUUCCUGCUGAACCGGAAGUUUGUGGAGUAUGUGACAUUCUCUACAGAUGAUCUGGUGACUAAAAUGAAGCAGUUCUACUCCUACACCCUGCUUCCUGCUGAGUCCUUCUUCCACACAGUCCUGGAGAAUAGUCCUCACUGCGACACCAUGGUGGACAACAACCUGCGCAUCACCAACUGGAACCGCAAGCUGGGCUGCAAGUGCCAGUACAAACACAUCGUGGACUGGUGCGGCUGCUCCCCCAACGACUUCAAGCCCCAGGACUUCCACCGCUUCCAGCAGACAGCCAGGCCCACCUUCUUUGCCCGCAAGUUCGAAGCCGCGGUGAAUCAGGAGGUCAUCGGGCAGCUGGACUAUUAUCUGUACGGGAACUACCCUGCGGGCACCCCUGGCCUCCGCUCCUACUGGGAGAAUGUCUACGAUGAGCCCGAUGGCAUCCACAGCCUGGGCGACGUGGCGCUCACCUUGUACCACGCCUUCGCCCGCCUGGGCCUCCGGCGGGCUGAGAACUCGCUGCACACAGACCGGGAGAACAGCUGCAGGUACUAUCCAAUGGGCCACCCAGCCUCUGUCCACCUCUACUUCCUUGCUGACCGCUUCCAGGGCUUUCUGAUCAAGCAUCAUGCUACCAACCUGGCAGUGAGCAAACUCGAGACACUGGAGACAUGGGUGAUGCCCAAGAAAGUCUUCAAGAUCGCAAGUCCACCCAGUGACUUUGGGAGGCUUCAGUUUUCUGAGGUCGGCACUGACUGGGACGCCAAGGAGCGGCUCUUCCGAAACUUUGGGGGUCUCCUGGGGCCCAUGGAUGAGCCAGUGGGCAUGCAGAAGUGGGGGAAGGGCCCCAACGUCACUGUGACCGUCGUCUGGGUGGAUCCCGUCAACAUAAUCGCAGCCACCUAUGACAUCCUGAUUGAGUCCACUGCUGAGUUUACCCACUACAAGCCCCCUUUGAACUUGCCUCUGAGGCCUGGGGUGUGGACAGUGAAAAUUCUCCACCACUGGGUGCCAGUUGCAGAGACCAAAUUCCUCAUCGCACCUCUGACCUUCUCCAACAGGCAGCCCAUCAAGCCGGAGGAGGCACUAAAGCUGCACAACGGGCCACACCGCAGCGCCUACAUGGAGCAGAGCUUCCAGAGUCUGAACCCCGUCCUCAGCCUGCCCAUCAGCCCUGCCCAGGUGGAGCAGGCUCAGAAGAACGCAGCCUCCACCGGUACUGCACUGGAGCACUGGCUGGACUCACUGGUUGGCGGGAUGUGGACCGCCAUGGACAUCUGUGCCACAGGCCCCACUGCCUGCCCGGUCAUGCAGACCUGCAGCCAGACGGCCUGGAGUUCCUUCAGCCCUGACCCUAAGUCAGAGCUGGGGGCGGUCAAACCUGAUGGCCGGCUCAGGUAGCACCAGGCAUGCGUGGGUCCCAGCGGAUGUCAAAGGGAACACAGCCAGAGGGCUGGUGGGGCCUGGACCGUGGCCUCCCACCCAGGGGGUACCUUUUGUGGGAGGGGCUCUCCUAGCCAUACAAUAAUGGAGAAGGGAGGUUCUGAGGCCAAAGCAGGAUCUGCUGAUAACCUGCAUUUGGCAAGCUGGCUCCUGGGGGUGUGGUCUUACCUCUUCUGGCUGAUCCUCAAGUCCUACAGGGUCCUUGUCUUCCCCCUCCAAAGACCCAACCCCCCAGACAAGUAAUUCUCAAACUUUUACUUUGAGCAGCAGAACUCUGUUUACUGAGAGCAGCUGUGGGUAGAAUUGAGGCUCAGAUGAAAUCCAGGCUGCUCUGGUUGAAGCUGGGGAGAGGGAGGUUCUUUCCCAAAGCUCAGCCCACUGGGCAGCCCCUUUGCCAAGGGCAUCUCCUGAGGUACCUCUUCAGAACCUAAGGGCUCUGCAAAACCCAGUUUGAAAAGCACUGCCCAGACGGUGGGUUUGAUCCACAGCCCCACCCUUCGGCUCAUCAUUCCACCCCUCUGGUCCAAGACACCCUCGUGCCAGCCCUGAAAUGACAGGCCACAGAAAGUCAUGCUCAUGAGCCCCUCUCUAGGGAGGGUGGGUGGCUUGAAGCUUCCCACCCUGGAGCUGUUCUUAGCAACUAGAUGAGCAAGAAAGCCUUUUGGUGUGACAUCACUGAGGUCCACCGAACUGUGACUGCCAGUGUCCUGGGUUCCAGGCCACCCUCCCUCAAGGAAAAAUGGGAUGAUGAAGAACUUUGAGUCUCCAGCCGCUCAUGAGCCAGGAGACCAAGACCAUGACCUUGUUGAUCCUUGACAGUGGGAACACAGGGGUCAAUGGCCAUGAAACUCAUAUAGAGAUUGUUUGGGCCAGACAGCGCAGCAGUAUCCAUCACCUGCCUGAGCCUUUCCGUUCUGAGGUCAGGCGCCCAGAGCUUCGUGAACCAACCGCACACUCGAUGCUGUUGGGAGUAGCCAAAUCGCGUGGACCAGACUUGCCACAUCAAGGAAAAAGCACUUCCGAUUUGGCUUUUAAAUUCAUGCCCUUCUUUAUCUGAGAUGCCAAGAAACCCAUCUGACAUACAGUGUAAAAGAGAGAAGCUUGAGUAUCUGGUGGUUUCAAACCUAAACAAUCAUAUUAUUCAUAUGGCCCAAGUUACCAGAAACCUGGAGGGUUUCCUUGCCAUGUGCCCCUUGGAGGCCCUCCCUGCUCCUCUGAGAGCCCCCCAAAGGUCCCAUCCUCCCCUGAUCCCACCCUCCCCCCAAUGGACAGGGUUCCCAUGGACAGAGUCCCAGCCCUGGUUGCAAACUGUCGUUCCCAGGGGAGCCAAUCCUUGGUGUGUCUCUCCUGCAUGAGUUUGAAGGUACUGUAGUUCCCUCUGAUGACCUUUCAGCUGUUGCCCCCGAAACCACCCCAUCCCCCCCCCACCAAGGCAGGAUGUCCUAUGGGCCAUGGAGGAUAUAGAGAAAGGACACUUUAGGUAUUUAUUAUUUAUAUGUUUUAGUCAAUGACUAAUUAGUAGGUGCUGUUUUUGCAGCUUGUCAAUUAUGUUAUCUUACUAACUGAAGCUGCCUUUAUUCACUAAAGGCCCCCCACCAGCCCUUCCCCUCCCUCUUCCUCUUCUCUACCCAUGAGUGUCUCUCUCUCUCUCUGUCCCUCUCUCUCUCUGUUUCUUUCUGUGUGUCUGCCCUACAGUCUCCAUGUCCUCAGGGCAGCAGGGGUGUUGGACACCAGGAAGAGAACCCUUCAACCAGCAGCAUCCACUGGCUGACGUGGGGUAACCUGGGGAACGCUGGAGCCUCGCUUUUCCUCAUACAGGUGUUGGCCUCAUCUAGGCCUCCAAUUCUGGGGGUGCUGGAAUUCCUGAGCCAUCCCCACACCACCCCACCCCAGGCACAGGGGCAGGACUGGCUCACCAUUUGUAGAGGGAGAGCCUGGGCCGUCCCUGCUUCCUCCCUUGCUGACCUUCUUCAGCCAGUCUAACCAUGAAGCUUCAUGCAACAUGACAAAGUGACAGAGGGAAACAGGCCGCUUCCAAGCCUGGGAGGAAAAAUCAAAUCCACUUUAGGAAGAGGGUAGGCGGUCAGACCAGGCCAGGAGAGCCCAGGAGAUGGCCACUGUCAACAGUGGUUCAGGAACCUCAGAGUGGCGUUCUCAGAAAGCCCCUGUGAUCUCCAGAUGGACUUAGAAGCUUUGGGAGGCCUGAGCCACACCCUCUUCCUGCCCCUAGCUUCUGCCUCUGGCCAUUGUCCCUAUGCCUGUCAGAGCUUCCUGGGGAACCUCCUUUCACCCUCCUCACCAGGCCCCCAGGACUCGCAGUUUUCACAGAGUGAUUUGCAGUGGCUUUGAGGGCCCAGCCCUGACGCACCUCUGUGCAUAGUGUGUGCCUGCUGGCUUCCACACGGCUUUCCUGCGCCCACUGACAUGGCUGACUUUUGUCCCCACCCUGGGACAAGUGGAGAAGCUGGCUUACCCUGGGGACACUCCCACCCUGUCCCUGUCCUGGGCUUUAAUCUUCACUCCCUGAAGAGAAUUCUGGAACACUGAGCCGUCACCCAGCUGUUCCUUAAUGUCCUUUGUUUCUGGACAGAGAAUAACUGCAGAUGUUACAUUUGGUUAAAAGAGAGAGAGACAGAAUUGCAAACAAAACCUAGAAUAUUAUGAGAAAAAGUGAUCUUUUCCAGGGGAAAAUAGUUUAACUGAUUUUUUAAAUCUGCCUGAGAAUGAUUUAUGUUAGAGGCCAUUGUCUGGUAGCCUUCAGCAAUGGUUGCCUGAGGGUUUUAAAAACAGGAGACUCGGGUCUUCGGAAACCCUGUUCCAGUCCGCAGAAGCAUAGUGACUGGGGGCAGAGUCAGUGGCCAGGUCCUGGGACUUAGGGCAAACUGAAAGGUGGGACUUGGGGUCAGUUUGAGGUGGGGAAGGAAGCAUACCAUAGUCUGUGGCACACAGCCAGUGCAAUUGACAUCCGGGUGGACAGGGAAUUCAGAAGGCACUUCCUCCUCACUGGGCCCUCCCAGGCCCCACCUCCCAGGCCAUGCACGAAGCACCACGUCUGGAAGGCAGAGUGUGAGCACUUCCCAGGGCCCCCGUGUUCUGACACGCGCACCCAUUCCUCCCUUUGGAGAAAGGCCUUUCUGAUCAGAUCAGGAGUCAUUCUGACUUCAUUUCCCAGUGUUAGCUGAACUUUUAAAAAUGGAAGUGGAGUUUAGAGAAGCUGAGCAAGGCUGCACAAGCCCACAAAAGGUGCAGACUGUAGCUGCUCUGGGCAUAUGUUUGUGUUGUGUGGCCUGUGCUUUCUUCUGGUUCUCUAGUUUCCAAGUGCAAGGAGGUCACGGGCUGGAACCUGGAUCCCUUUGCGGAGAAAGUGCAGACUAGAGGAGAGCAGUAGCUGCUGGGUGUGGGGUGUGAGCAAAGACCCUUUCACAACCAGGUUCAUUGGGUAACUCAAGACCCAAGCUCCCAGGCAGCAUCUAAACGGGGUUAUACUAGAGACAGCUGUUGGCAAAGGCCCCGCCGGAUCAAAGAGGCUCCCUGUGGUCGAGGUCACAAGUGGCUGUGGGGUCCGGGACACUGACACCGAGGAGUGAAGCUGUCAGUUAGCACAGUAGGGAGUGGUGGGGACUGUGGGCUGCCGGCACACACAUGACCCGUCCGGCAGGAGCAGCUGCUGCUCAGCCCCAGCCUGGUGGUGCCUGUGAGAAUGCAGGUGCCCGCAGCAGAAUCUCCCAGUCUGAUCAGGGAAACCCGUGAUCCAGAUUUUAAUAGGAAAUCGGAUUUUUCAGUGUCAGCAGUUUUUUAGAAGAUUUUAUUUAUUUUUAGAGAGAGGGGAAGGGAGGGAGAAGGAAAGGGAGAGAAACAGCGAUGUGCAAGAGAAAGACUGAUCAGUUGCCUCUCUCACAGCCCCAACUGGGGACCAGGCCUGCAUCCGAGGCAUGUGCCCUGCCUGGGAAUCGAACCGGCGACCUUUCAGUUCACAGGCUGGCACUCAUUCCACUGAGCCACACCAGCCAGGGUGUCAGUAUCAGCAAUUUUUUUAAAGGGGGAUGGACAAAGAGAAAUCCCACAGUUCAGCCAGUGCACUGGCAGCAAGCUCACUCCAGAGAGGUGGUUUAAAAAGAGGCAGGGCAUUGCCCCAGUGAGGAGAGAAAAGCCGACAUUAAGAAAGGGCAAAAAUAAUAGCUCAUGUUGAAGUCUUAAGGGAACAGGAAUCUCUCUCUAGUCAUUUCCAUCCUAAAGAGACGGCCCCACUGAAAGGCGACCCAGGAGAACUAGCUUGUUCAGCUCUCCUUGUCCCAACACAGUUUGUGCCAAAGGGAAAAAGGAGCAGAAUUUGGAGACCUCAGUUAUCCCUUACACCUAAGGAGGUCCACACUUCCCAGGUCACAUCUUCGGGAAUUCCAUCUCACCCAGGCAGGGAGGUCAAGGACAGGGUCCAGGAGGAGAGGGUAGUGUGUAUGAACAGCCCGGCUCUCUCCAAGUCCCAGGUUCUAGGAACCAGCUUGCCACAUAUUGGAAAGCUUCUUUAGAAACGAUGCUGGAGCUGUGCUUACUCAUAGGAUGUCCUCUCAGCUUCUGCCUCAGUUACCUUAUUUUGCCCAUGGGUCUACCACAGGCGCUACCUCACUGUGUCUGCUGAGAAGUUUACCUUGAGGGGGAAUAAAGGUGGCCAAAUCUGCUUGAGCUGAAUGUACAAUCUAUGCAAAUUCUCUCUGUGUGUCUCUGUUGUCUGUCAGUCUGUCCCUCUCUCUCUCUCUCUCUCCCUCUCUCAAGUAUUAUUUCUUUUUACCUCUUAAGAUUGAGGAGGGCUUUCUUGCACCACUUGUGUCCACCCCUCAUGUUGUCUUUGGUUCUGUCCUUGCCAAGUCCACACAGGGACAUAGUGGCCCUCCCUUCCCCAUCCACUUGGCUGGGAGUUCUCCAACUGCCUCUGCCCACAGACCCCACAGGAAAGCAGGUUCUGCCCCUUGCCACCUCCAUCCCUAAUUCGUCUUCCCCAUUCCUCACUUUCCUCUGACUUACUUACCUUCUCCCCACUCCCACCCCUCCCCGCACAAGCCUUAGGUUCUCCUUUUUGAAAUGUGGCCUUAAAAUUAUUUUUGGAAAGCUGACAGCCCUUUCCCUCCCAUUUCCACCAACAUCCAAGAAGAAAGAGCCUCUUAAGCAAGGGGCGGCCAAUCUGUAGUCUGCAGAUACUUAGAAAUUGCUAAUAAAUGUCAUCUUUAGGAAAAAUAUUCUUAAAUGUUUCCUAUGGGUAAAAAGAAGGCUUGGGUGCUCAUCUAGACCUCAGCCAGUUCCUGAAGCACUCUCUCUGAGCACAUUGCUGCUGUUUAUGGGGUGGCUUCAUUGCCUGCAGAGUGCUAACUCCAGUUUUCUAACCCUCCCUUUCCCAAACACAUGGUGACUUACGUACUUCAGUCAAGGGUAAGUCAGGAGAGUUUCUCAAUUUAUCUCUUCGUCCUUCCUGCCUGGAAAGUAGUAGCAUUAAAUAUUCCCAGCAGAUGUGUCAUGUUCUCCAAGGGACCAUGAUCUCCCUACUUUCAGAGCCCCCCCUUUUCCCUUCCAUCGCUCCAGGGCUGAUGGAGGCCAAAGACAACCCAGGGUUUUCAUAGGAAAUUCACUGGAAUUGAGCGCAAUUGUCUUUGUAGUUUUUUUGUCUUGUUUUCUUAAUAUUAUUAUGUUAUCAGUAGCAUUUGGGUUUUUUUUAGAAGCCUCACAAUAAGUUAUUACCGUCCUCUUAAUUUUUUUCAAAGACAUGUGGUGAUAUAGUUUUUAAAAAUAACUAUUUUGUUAUAGAUCAUAAUAUGCAUAAAACUGUACAGAAAUAUUUUGUAAUGUAUUGAUUUUUUUAAAAAGAGAGAAUAUGUAAAUAAAGUUUUAAAAAAGAGAGAAUUCAAAUGGCACACACUGAAAGAUGUAGAUAUUUUGCUAUUUAUUUAAAGGAAUAUUUUAAGAGAUAUUAAACUAUCUGAAAUUGACCAGUAAUCAAAGCUCCAAUCACCCAAAUGCUUUUUUCUUGCAUUAGAAUGUGAUUCUCGGAAAUGAUGGCACUACCCACCCAUCUUUGCACCUUUUCUGUUUUUUUGUUUAGCAGAAAAACAACAACAAAAUUGUGCCUUAGCUGUAUUUUUUUGUCUAGGGGAGUUUGUUUCUGUCUGACAAAGCAAAAUUUUUUGCAGAAAACAGUGGAUGUAAUAAAUACUGUACCAUACCAAAAACACUGCUGGUGUACAUAGAUGCUUUCUGUCAUACUGUGUUUUCAGAUGCAGAAUUUUAAAAUUAAAAAAA